AUGUCCAACGAAAUGGAGGUUGACCUGCCCGUCGCCCAGGACGAUAGCCCCGCGCAGGAUGGCCGUGGUGUCGAACCUCGAACUCAGACUGGCGCUGUCGCCGUGCGCAGUAUUGAAGGGUGGAUUGUGAUGGUGUCGAAUAUUCAUGAGGAAGCCUCAGAAGAGGAUAUUACCGAUAUCUUUGCGGAGUAUGGCGAGAUCAAGAACUUCAGUUUGAACUUGGACCGGCGGACAGGCUAUGUCAAGGGAUACGCCUUGAUCGAGUUCUCAACCCUCCCCGAAGCCUCUGAGGCCAUCAAGAACCUGAACGGCUCCAAGCUCCUUGACCAGACACUCAGCGUUGACUACGCUUUCGUUCGCCCCCUCCAUCGAGCAAGGGCAAGAACCAAGGCCAGAAAAACAUCCGUGGCGCCGCCGCCCGCGGUCGCAGUCGCAGUCCAGAGCGCAGUCGCAGCCCCGUAG